AUGGAGCGAUCAAAACCCCAGGCUUUCCUGUCGUCGUAUGCGCCGCGCCUGCGCACCUACAACAACUCUCUCUUGACUCCCGUCCUACCGAGUGCGCCAUCAGGGCCCGUUUCGCGGACGACAAAGCGAGGCACCACCAUCAUAAAUUACGCCGAGGAUGGCUUCGAUGACCUGGACGACGAUAGCGACGAUCCCAGGCGUCGUCCCACGGGCCUGCGGAGCUUGCGCAAAGAGGACUCGGCCAGCAGGCUGGACAUGGCCGACAAGGUGGGAAAGGAAAUCAAGGAACCAGUCGAUGUCCAGGGUAUCUGGCGGGACUGGAUGGGGAAGAGCCGGUCCGUCAGGAGUGACCAGCAGAAUGCCGCCCAAGCACAUCUCCCUUUGACUCUGAUACCCAUACGAAUCGACCUGGACAUCCCGUCCUUCAUCCCACCUGCGCCGUUUCCAGCUCCGAACCCCAACUCAGUCGACAUCUCUCUACCACAAUACCGGCCGCAGGAAAUGACUGUCCCUUACAAACUACGCGACAUCUUCUGCUGGAAUCUUCAUGAGACACUCAUCACGACGGAUCAGUUUGCACAGACACUUGCGCAGGAUCUCGAUCUGCCCAACAGACACGCCGUAGUUGCGGAGAUUAGCAAGCAGAUUCGAACACAGCUGGAAGAAUAUGCCGGCGUUGCUCUUCACCCGCUCUUCCACUCCGAGCCAUCACUUCCAGCACCGGUACCACCAGCCCAGGGAGUAGCGCCAAUUGCAGGAGUAAACGGAACAGGGAGUGGAACACCAAGACCAAGCAUCUUCAAAUCCCGAGACGACUCUCCGGCUUCCUUUGCGAGGGGUGUGUCACGUCCUGACACUCCUGUACAGACGGGAGGUCAAGCAACGCCGCAGCCACCAGCAUCACAAGCACCCGAGGUCACUGCUGAGGCAACGCCCAUCUUGCCUGAUUCUGACGAGUACAACCCCGAUGAUACUUAUCGAUGCAUCAUCAACCUGAGUCUAAACCUUUCAUCCAUGUUAUACACAGACAAGUUUGAGUGGUCACUUCUUCACCCUCCAGGGACCGCAGAAGCUUUCGCCAAGGCAACAUGUGCCGAUUUGGGAUUGGCAGGCGAAUGGGUUCCGGCAAUGACACAUGCCAUCUACGAGGCAGUGCUUCGUCUAAAGAAGGAGGCCUGCGAGGCUGGCGGCCUUGUUGGAGGAUGGGGUGGAGCUCAGCAGGAGUUACCAAACGAUGCUGCGCACGGCCAGGAGGCUGGCUGGAGAUACGACCCGGACCACCUGGCUGAUGACUGGGAGCCCAAGGUCGAAUUCCUCAGCAAGGAGGAGAUGGAGAAGCGAGAAGGUGACCGUGAAAGACAGAUCCGGCGACUGCGGCGUGAAACGGCGCGAUUCAGCUCUACGACUGGCAUGCUGGGUGGCACUCCGUUCGGUCUUGGUGCAAGUGUCGAGGUGGAGGAAGAGAGAAUGGGCAGAGGUGAGCGCUCCAAGAAGAAGCGGCGUUUCCGAAGUCUGAGUCCUCUCGCUCGUGGCGGAACACCGCUUGGACGAGUGACGCCAGAUGUCGGUGGAUAUGGGGGAGGAGUAGGAGCCUUGACCGAUAUGGAGCGAAUCUCAUGGCGAUGUUCGCACUGCCGUACGUGGGGUACGAGCGUCUGGGCAGUCCGAGACGGCCCUGCUGGACCCAAGUCCCUUUGCGCCAACUGCGGCUACUUUUACGAACGAGAUCGCAGGUUGCCGCGCCAGACUAAAAAUCUGCACCUGCAAGACAUUCGAGCGGUCUAG